AGGAAAAUAAGAAUAUUACAAGCAUAAAAAAGCCCACAAAAUUAGUUAUUUUUUUCUUUUUUGAGGCCACAAAAUUAGUGUAGUAGAGAGAAUCAAAUGGCAAAGACUAAGGUGCUUAUUGUAGGAGGAACAGGUUACAUAGGAAAGAGAAUUGUUAAGGCAUGUUUAGCACAAGGCCAUGAAACCUAUAUUCUCAUGAGAAGGGAAAUUGGGUUAGACAUUGAUAAGCUUCAAAUGCUCCUAUCCUUCAAGAUGGAGGGGGCCCGCCUCGUCGAGGGCUCGUUCUCCGAUCACGAGAGCCUCGUCGAGGCGGUGAAGCUAGUCGACGUCGUGAUCUCGACUAUGUCUGGUGUUCAUUUUAGAAGCCAUAACAUUUUGUUGCAACUUAAGCUUGUUGAGGCUAUUAAGGAGGCUGGAAAUGUCAAGCGUUUCUUGCCAUCAGAGUUUGGCAUGGACCCAGCAAAAAUGGGACAUGCACUUGAGCCAGGAAGAGUUACAUUUGAUGAGAAAAUGAUUGUGAGAAAAGCAAUUGAAGAAGCUCAAAUCCCAUACACUUAUGUAAUUGCUAAUUGUUUUGCUGGCUAUUUUGUGGGCAACCUUUCUCAAAUGACCGGUCUUCUUCCUCCCAAGGAAGAUGUUUUUCUAUAUGGAGAUGGCAAUGUCAAAGCAUGCUUCAUGGACGAAGAAGAUGUUGCAACAUACACUAUCAAAACUAUAGACGACCCUCGUACUUUAAACAAGACAAUUAACAUCAGACCUUCUGAAAAUAUAUUGUCUCAAAGGGAGUUGGUUGAGACGUGGGAGAAACUCACAGGAAAGGAGCUUAACAAACACACCAUCUCCGCAAAGGAUUUUCUUGCCCCUAUGAAAGAUGGAGAAUAUGCACACCAAGUGGGAAUUGGACAUUUUUACCACAUUUAUUAUGAAGGUUGUCUUACUAAUUUUGAGGUACCAGAUGAUGAAGAAGCUUCCAAACUCUAUCCCGAGGUUGAAUACACACGAAUGAAUGAUUACUUGAAGCGUUAUCUGUGAAAAACAAUACUUCGUACGUACUGCGGUCUAAGUAGUACUUUCUCCGUCUUUUAAUACUCGCAACGUUUGGACUUUUGCCACUAUUCAUAUAAUCUACUUUGACUAUUCUUAGUGCUUUUUAUAUAAGAUAAAACAUAGUAAUGUGGAAUCUUGUUAGAUUCGUCUCAAUGUGUAUUUUCAAAAUAUCAACUUUUUAUAAUUUUUGCAUAAAGAGAAUUUAAGAUAUAAAUGAUCAAAGUUAAGCAUUGGCAUGCGUGAAACUAACAAACGUUGCGAGUAUUAAAAGACGGAGGAAGUAUAAGAUGUUCUUUUAUCGAUCGAUGGUUGUAUUGCCUUGUUUGUUUCUCUUGGAUUAUGAACUUUCGAUCACUUGGUGUUUAUUGUACAACUUCUGUAACCCUAAAGAUCUUAAAACUCCAAGUUUGAACUAUCUUUUGGCUCGGCUCUAAA